AUGGUAGAGUCUAAAAAACACGAAUUGAAAGACCCAAGCAAAAAACCUCGCGUUAAAAGACGGAGAAACUACGACGAACACGAUAAGGAGGUCACAGCGGAGGACUCCAAGCCGAAAGCCAGCGGGAAGAAAGACGUGAAAGAUUCAGACGAAAGCGACGAAAGUGAGGAUGAUGAGAAAUUGGACCAGUUGUUGAGUAAGGAGGACGAAGAUGAUGACGAUUUGACCGAAAUUGACAGCACCAACAUCAUCACUGGUGGUCGCCGUACUAGGGGAAAAGUCAUUGAUUACAAGAAAACGGCAGAAGUAUUAGACAAGGAAGCGGGCAAAACUUCGUUACCUGAGGACUCUGAAGAUGGUGAAACGUCGGCCUCAAAGGCUCCAGAAGAAGACGAGGACGAGGACGAUGAUGGAGAUUUCAAAGAGCCCGAAAAAUAA